AUGGGAAUAGACGCAGAAGUUGAUACCUCGCAAGGAGGGGAUAUCAUUCAGACACUCAAAGAUGAGAUCUUCUGCUCGAUUUGCUGCGCGAUAUUUGAGGACCCAUUGAAACUCGAUUGUUGUGAUGGACAUCUUUGUAAAGUUUGCUUCGAAGAUGUGAAAGGCAAAUUUCCAUCAUGCCCUCUUUGCCGUGCUCUGAACUUUACAGCAAAACCUUCAAGACUAAUGGUUUCCGUCUUGAAAAAUCUCGGAGCAACUGAAAAAGACGUUGAGAAUUCAAAGAAAGCACUUGAUGUUCUUGCUGCAUCUAAGGUUAGCUUGACCGCCGAGUUUACCGAGCAGCAAACGAAGCUCAGCACACUUCAGAGUCACUAUGACCAUUUGAGCGAGCUCUUCUGUCAAGGAGAUGAUACAAAUAACUGUAAAUCUUGCAAAACCAAAGUGAUUGAUUCUCUGACUUUUGGUAAAGAAGAAGAAACCAAGAAAGAGACAAAUACGGAAAUUGAGAAACUUCAAAGCGAGAUCACUCGAUUAAACCGAGUGGUUACUACUCAGCGUCAGCAGCAAAAAAGUGCACGAAAAGAAAUCGAAAAGAGGACUGAGGAGAAGAUCAAACAGUCAUACGAUUCCAAAAUAGCUGACUUGGAGAGCGCUCUUAAGACCAAAAAUGAUCUCUCAUCUGAAUUUCUUGAGACGAUAAACAGAGAGAAUAGUGCAUUGAAAGCUGAUAUCAUCGCUCUUGAAAACCAAAUCAGAUCUUUUGACAAGCCUAACGAUACAAAAAACAAUGCCUUAAGAACGUUCGACAAAUAUUCACAGACUGAUGUGGAGGAACCGUCUUAUCCUGCAUCUUUAGACAAAGACAGCGAAAUUAAAGAACUGAAAAAUCAAAUAGCGAGGGCUGAGCAAUCUGCAAAUUUGUAUCUUGAGAUGUAUGAAAAAGAGCGAAAAGUAAACCAGGAACGAGCAAAUGAGAAACAAGGACUCUUUGGUCUGUUUAAACGAAAAUAA